UCCGGUAUGUUUGGACAGAGAGUGAGGCGGGUGUUAUAGAGCUUCUGUGACAAGGACGGAGAAGGCGUGCAGCUGAAAUGGCUCUCUUUGUUACGCACUUGUAGUUUAUUGAGGACAUUUUUGCGUUUAAAGGAUUCCUCUGCGUUAUAGAAGACUUGUCUUAGGGUUUUGUAGGAAAAUGGUGGAACUCAGGAGCUUCUGUGAGCCAGGAGUUUCCCUGCAGCGCGUGUGGACCGAUGGUGGAUUCACGCCCUGCUUCUUCUUCACCCUCGUCCCCUCCGUCCUCGGGACGCUGGCCGUCCUCCUCGGCACCCUCCACUGCGUGUGCUACACUCGCUAUGGAACCCACAUGGAGCCCCGAUUCGUGCCCCGUUCCCACCUUUACAAACUGCAGCUGGUUCUCUCGGUGCUGCUUGGCCUCCAGGCGCUGGUCUGGAUGAUAUUCCGGGUGGUACGGGACACCCCGGUGCCCGGGUACGUGAUCCUCUGCGGCUGUCUCUAUGCCCUGGCGUGGGUGUGGGCGACUGCGCUGCUGAGAAUGGAGAGGAAGAGGGUUCUAGUGAGGGACAGGACGAGAGGACACAGCGCCGUGCUGCUGCUCUACUGGACAACGGCGUUCGUCGCUGAGAACCUGGCGUUCGUCUCGUGGGAGAGCCCCAAGUGGUGGUGGGGGUUCGAGAACCCAGAGCAGCUAGUGGAAUUUGCGUUCUGGUUGUUUCGCUAUAUUUGCUCUGGGAUACUGUUCUUCGUUGGCCUCAAGGCUCCAGGACUGCCGCGAAGACCCUACACGCUCCUCAUUAACGAGGACGAGCGGGAUGUGGAAAGCAGUGGACAGCUGUUGCUAGGUGACGCAGCACAGAAUCAGUCGGCGUGGAGCGACUUCAGGAAGAAGGUGCGUCUCCUGGUGCCGUACAUGUGGCCGAGGGGCAGCGUCCUCCUCCAGCUCCUCGUCCUGCUGUGUCUCGGCCUGCUGGGAGCCGAACGCGCCAUCAACGUCUUCGUCCCCAUCUACUACAAAAACAUAGUGAACGAGCUGACAGAUGGAAGUCCUUGGAAGACUUUGGCUACCACGGUGUGCAUCUACGUCCUGCUCAAGUUCCUGCAGGGAGGCGGAGCUGGUUCUUCAGGCUUCGUCAGCAACGCGCGUUCCUUCCUGUGGAUCCGCGUGCAGCAGUACACCGGCCGCGUGGUGCAGGUCCGCCUCUUCGCCCAUUUACACUCGCUGUCUCUGCGCUGGCACCUGCAGCGGCGCACCGGGGAAGUCCUGCGCAGCAUCGACCGAGGAACCUCCUCCAUUGACAGCCUGCUCAGCUACAUUGUGUUCAGCAUCCUCCCCACAAUCGCCGACAUCAUCAUCGCCAUCAUCUUCUUCACCUCCAACUUCAACGCCUGGUUCGGCCUCAUCAUCUUCAUCUGCAUGGCGCUUUACCUGACUCUUACCAUCAUCAUCACCGAAUGGAGGACGAAGUACAGGCGAGAAAUGAACACGCAGGACAACAACGCCAAGGCCAAAGCAGUGGACUCGCUGCUGAACUUCGAGACGGUGAAAUACUACAACGCUGAGGAUUAUGAAGUAGGCCGCUUCGAGGAAGCCAUCCUGAAAUACCAGUCGUUGGAGUGGCUGACCAAUGCGUCUCUGGCGCUGCUGAAUCAGACCCAGAAUCUGAUCAUCGGUUCGGGGCUGCUGGCCGGCUCACUGCUCUGCGCGUACUUCGUCACCGAGGGCAAGUUUCAGGUUGGAGAUUAUGUUUUAUUCGGUACGUACAUCAUACAGCUCUACACACCUCUCAACUGGUUCGGCACAUACUACAGGGUCAUCCAGAGGUCAUUCAUCGACAUGGAGAGCAUGUUCAAGCUGUUUGAUGAAGAAGAGGAGGUGAAGGACGACGUGAACGCCGGAACCCUGCACUACAAACAGGGAAAGAUAGAGUUCGAGAACGUUUCCUUUAGCUACGUAGAAGGGAAAGAGAUUCUGAAGGACGUCUCCUUCAUGGUCCAGCCCGGUCAAACCGUAGCACUCGUGGGUCAGUCAGGCUCGGGGAAGAGCACCAUCAUCCGUCUGCUCUUCCGUUUCUACGACGUUCAGGGCGGCUGUAUCCGCAUCGACGGCCAGGACGUUACCAAGGUGAAGCAGGCCUCGUUGCGCUCCCACAUUGGAGUAGUGCCCCAGGAUACCGUCCUCUUCAACGAUAACAUUCGUGAAAAUAUCCGUUACGGUCGAAUCUCCGCCUCCGACCAGGAAGUGGAGAACGCCGCCAUCGCUGCUGACAUCCAUGACAAAAUUCUCACCUUCUCUGAUGGCUACAACACACAGGUAGGAGAGAGAGGUCUGAAGCUGAGUGGAGGAGAGAAGCAGAGAGUAGCCAUCGCUCGCACCAUUCUCAAAGCCCCUCAGAUCAUCCUGCUGGAUGAGGCCACUUCUGCCCUGGACACACAGACGGAGCGCAACAUUCAGGCCUCACUGGCCAAAGUGUGCGCUAACAGAACCACCGUUGUGGUGGCCCAUAGGUUGUCGACCAUCAUCGGAGCCGAUCAGAUCCUCGUUCUGCGGGAAGGUCAGAUCGCCGAGAGAGGGAGACAUGAGGAGCUUUUAGCUAAAGGAGGGCUCUACGCUGACAUGUGGCUCAAACAGCAGCAGGCCUCCGACUCGGACUCAGCCUCCGACUCGGAAACCAAAGACAGGCGUCCUGAGAAACUCCAGCCUCCAUCGUCCUCUGCAGGACACAAGCAUCACUGAGCCUAACACUAUUUUCAUGUGAAGACAAUUUCAUAUCGAAGAUAAUGUUUCUAUGGUAUUAUAUUACACAGAUCUACGACAUAAUCACGUCACCAACAAUACUACUGCUGUCAUUAGACGAGGUAACAUACGUUUUUUUUAGUCUCUCAGGAAAUUCUCUUGUCUCACAGAACUGUAUUAGCAGUGCAGACUUUACUUAGAAAGAGAACAUGUUCACGUGAGAAGUGAUCCGCUCUUUCACUGACUCGAGACAUGGUGGUGGUAGCAUUCGCUUUAGAUUUGUUCAUAUUAAAGUAAAAGCUGCUUCGUGAGUUUGAUGGAACUGAAGCAGGGGGUGAAACGUGGCGGAUAAAUCAUGUGAUUUUUCGAGGCAGAGUAGAAUUUACGGAUGCUGGAGAAUUUACGUGGUCAAGCUUUUCCAAUCUGAAAGAAUCUGUGCUUAGCUGUUUGGUUUAUUUGAUACAUGCUGGUGGUAGCAUUUGCAUAUAGCUGUGUUGAUGGGUUUUUCCUAUAAGACAUUGAAUGAAUUUAGUAUGAUGUUCAAUCACAACAUCAUGUUUUUUGUUUCUGUUAUUACAUAAAGUAACUAUAAUAGUUCAGCUGCGUAAACACGAUAAAAACGCUAACAUUUUUUUAUUGCGUGAUUAAAACCAGUAAACAAGACACUUGCAAGCUGGGAGAUUUGAAACACUGGCAUAAAGAAUUUCCUCUUGUGUUAACUAUGGUUUUUAGUUAUCUAGUUCAUUAUUAACUACAUUAUUUUUUAUUUAAAUUUGUAUAUAUUAGCGAUUUUUUUUGUAUAAUAAAUAGAAUAAAUAAAAUAGAAUAAAUAUUCUAUAUAUUUAUCACAACUGACAUUAUAAUAAUAAUAAAAAAGUGGUAAAUAGGAAUAAAAUAAAAGACACAAUACAUUAAAAUAAAAUGUGUUUAAUGUGUAAAGUAAAGGACACUGAUUCAUGGAGACAGGUUUAUAUAUUUAAGGUAAUAUAUAUUUAAGGUCUUUUCAGGGUAUUUUUCUUUAUUCAGGCAGCUUGUGGUGUUAUAUUUUAUGUUCUAGAUAAAUAAAGCAGUGUGUCUAGGUGUGUGUUAAGAGACAAAGACACAACACACACACAUUCUGUUAAGACAAAUGGGUGUAGAGAGUUAUGGGAUCUGGGUGUGACAGAUAACAUGCACCAACAUCUGUGCACCAAAAUGUGGCCUUUUGUAUUGAAAACAUUUUUAUGAGUGUUUUUUGCCAAGAAAGAACAAAUUCCUGAAUAUGAAAUAAAUUCUAAUUAAAUUUAAAUUUUGCAAUUAAAUUAGAAUUAAAUUAAUCUGUGUAUUAAUUAAAAUAUAUUUAAAAAAUAAAUAAUAAAGGGAUCUGUGAAUGAAAUAAAAAUGUAAAUAAAUAAAUAAAAACUAAAUAGAAAUUUAAUCCUUUUCUUCUGAAUACUUUGAGCUUAUCUGGUCCUGUAUAUGGAUUUAUGUAAGAAGAUGCCAAAGAAAUGCUGAGAGCAAAAAAAUAGAAAAAGUUGUCACUAAAUGUGCAUUAGUGUAAGAGCAACUGUGUUUAAUAUAAAAAAUGAAAUUCAUUUACAUAUGUAAAACAUUUUGUAAAUAAAUAAAUAACGAAUGCUGACAGAAUGAACAUUGUAUUUUCUAUGAGCUGCCUUGUGUUGUACUUGAUUGUAAAAGUUGUUAUUAUUGAUGUAUAUCGAGGUCAGAGGUUUAAAAAUGAAACUUUGGAAAUUCUUUAUUUUUCAAAAUAAAUAAGUGACAUUAUUUAAAAUGAACAUAAAGUUGUUUAGUAUUUAUUUAUUUAUUUAUUUACAGUUUAUAUCAGAAUGGCUGUGAAACAUGGUGGUGGUAGCGUUGUGUUUGAAGUUUCACCUCUUGGCCUCUUGUUUAUUUCUUUGGCUAAUCCUCUCAUUACUCUACCUGAAUAUCACUUCAUAACACAUUAUAACACGUUCAUUUUUAUGAGUUUAACAGAAGAAUUAAUACUUUUAUGCACAUUAGAAUAAAAUGUACUUUUUAUUGAUUUUUAUUUACCUCAGACAUUUUGAAUUUUUUUUCCCUCCAAACAUUCCCAGGUUUUGAACAAGUUACAUUGUAAGAACGUGUGAAAUAUUAUGUAUCUUCAUAUAUAAACAAUUAAAUUUUUUUAUUAAAAUUA